GGGCAUUUAUAAAACCCGACGUAACAAUUGGGUUAACCGUGGAACAUGCUUUUGCUGGUCUGUCUCUACACUGGCGCGUUAUGCCCCAUAGCUUAGCCAUGAGCACACCCGCCUGCCAGUGUUCUUAGGCCUCAGCAGGACUGAAGGUACUGAUCUGCCUGUUCAGGGUCACAGGAGGAUGAUCGCCGGUAACCGAUUUCAGCCUUCUUGACAAGAGACAUGCACAUAUGAAAAGACAGAAGUGAUAUUUACGGGUUAUCCUGCAGACUGACGCUGCCAUCAGAGUUUGGCAGUGUCAGUCAGUCUGACGUGUUGAUCUUACCUGGUUUGAGAUGGCGAUGGCAACAGCCUCCGCAGGCUCAGCCUGCCGUUUUGUAUCGGCAUCUCGGUCUGCAGCCUGUGUGGUUCUUCCCAAAGGUUCCUGCACAUCCAGAGGCAGCAAUUGGAGCAUCGAGUGCUUUCACGCACAGAAUCACGUUGUUCGGACCGCUUUGUGCUGUCAGCAAUCCACGAGCACAGCUAAUCACCAAAAAUCACGCCGUGUAAACGCAAAUGCAAAUGGGAUGACAUGUGAGUCUAUCGUCCGAAGGGGCCUCCGAGUGUCCAAGGCAAGGUCUUCCUUCCUGUCCUCACCACUUUCUCACAGGCAAGGGCAGGAGCACCACUCACAUGGAUGUUGUGGCGUGAGGGUUGGCAAUGGAACUGGCAGGAGAGGAAUGGUUUACUGCAUGGCCACCACAAGUGCCGUCGACAAUACCACACUCACCCCUGAAGUGGAGCAGGUGUGUGGGGUCUGUUCGGUCAGAGGAACGGAGCGGGCAACAAUGGAAGACACAUAUACCAUCUCUGUUGACAUAACUGGAGCACGUCCCUCUUUCUUUGGUGUGUAUGAUGGGCAUGGAGGUACUGCUGUGGCAGAAUACCUGCAGAACAGCUUCUGGGGAGUGUAUGAGAGAAUCCUCUCUGAGACAGAAAGUGCAGACCUGCUAGCAGAUAGAACUAGACAAGCUUAUCUUGAAGUGGAUAAAGAAACUAUUGCACCUCAGAAGGGCUUCUUCGGAGCCUUCAAAGAGAGGGGCAUGGGUGGCUCGCGGUGCGGCUCGACAGCAGCCACAGCUGUCUUGUUAGGCACACCUGAUGGCCAGCAGAAGCUGGUUGCUGCAAAUGUCGGUGAUGCCCGGGUGGUCCUGGCCCGGGGAGCCCAGGCAUUGCAGCUCACGAUCGAUCAUACUCCAGAUCUCGAGUCCGAAAGGAAGAGGAUAGAAAAGAAGAAUCCCACUCCAAAGAAACCACUCGUUGUCAAUGUCGACGGGACCUGGAGAAUCGGAGGACUACUCGCACUCUCCAGGUCGUUUGGUGAUGUGUAUUUGAAAACCUGGUCGGAUGGGAAAGAUGCCUCCGGCGGCUUUGGUCUCAUCUGCGAGCCGCAUGUAACAGUCGAGACAAUCACAUCUGCCGACAAGUUUCUCAUAAUGGCUAGUGAUGGCUUGUGGGAGUUCUUGUCCAACCAACAAGUCGUUGAUCGAUGCCUAUCUCGAUCGCCCGAGGAGACUCCCACCCAACUGGCCCAGAUUUUGACCCAGAUGGCACAGGCUGCUGGAACUACGGAUGACAUUACAGUAAUUGUCGUCGAACUGCCUGGAGCUUCCGUACGCUUAUAGGUUUCUCUGCCACUCAUCCUAGGAUGCCUUCCCACUUAGCAAUCACUGGUAGUCGACUGUUUGCCGCAACAACUCUCCCUGAUGCUCGGGGCGAUCUGUUGCAACGUUUCAUAGACUGUCGCUUCAUCAUCUCUACGUCAAUCGACCACCGUUGGUCAGCAUCCCGGGUCCAUGCAGCCAUCCAUGGAGCCCGUCCAUGCUGGUCGAUCCAAGUGACUCUCAUCGUGGCCAUCACAGCUCCUUGGAUACUCAAUCAGUUUAACUCUCACUCUCUUGUAGAGGUGUUCUGCUCAGAGCAUCCCUUCUCUCUCCUUGCAUCCCAUACUGCCUCCUCCCCACUCUUCCGUCCUCGGUUCUUUCUCCCUUACGUUCCCCCUACUCCCUCCUGGCUCCUUCAUCCUGCCUCUUCUCUUCCUUCUUCAUCCUCCUUUGCUCAGAGCACUGCUUCACUCUCCUUGCACUUCACAAUGCCUCCUUCCCACUCUUCUGUCCUUGGUUCUUUCUCCUUUACCUCCCUCCUUCUUCCUCCUCCUUGGUUCUUUCUCCUUUACCGCCCUCCUCCUUCCUCCUGGCUCCUGUGUCCUUCCUCUUCUCUCCCUUCUUCCUUCUCCUUCCUCUUUCCUCGUCCUUGCUUGCUCGUCCCUAAGGUGUAACCAGCAGGAGCACUGUCUAUAAAUAGUAAAUACACACUAUACUGCCUGUGGCGAACAACAAGGCAUCCAUCCUUCUGACAAAUGGUCAGCAUUAGCUCAUUAGCAGUUUCUUCACUGCUUCCUGAGGCCAGAUACCAUUAGUCGGAAUGAAUGGCUAUAACCUCUAUCUCCAUUUCCAUUGAUAGAUUCACACUGCCAAGCAGUCAUUCGAAGCACCUCCGUACCAAAACUGCUUUGCUGUAAGGGGCCAAGUCUGACACAGAGGUCAGGGCAAAGUUUGGCGCCGUUGACAACAUACACGUGUCAUAGUCUCAUGGCUGUGUGCGGUGCGGAUUCUCCUUUCUGUAUCACAAUUAACUUGUGGUUAGAAUACGACGAAUGUCAAGCACGCAAAAUGAGAAACGUUCGUAACGACUUUCUCCUGGUUUACAGAUUGGUGUAAUAAUCAUUGGGCAUGUCAGUUCCUGUCAAUAAUAGUUUUUGUAUGCAAACAGAUGGGCCUCUGGAUGGGAGGGGGAGGUGCUCUCCAGGGAUGACUUGUUGAGGAAGAGAUAGUGUAUCUGCAUGAAAGUUUCAGUGGAAGGUUUCACUGAAUUGAGACAUGGCAGGACUCGGUAUGAAGACCUGAGGCGCCUGUACAUCUCACGGCGAUGGAUCUCGGGCAGGGUGUGAGGAAAUGUGAGAGCUCUAAGCUUGGCUAGGGACCUCUGGAGGUAAUGGGAGUUCGUCUGUAGGUGUGCGAUUUCAUGCAUUCAUUAUGCCUUUGUUUUUCUUUCUUUUACUUGACGCCCCAUGUACUGGGUCAUGCUUAUAAGGGCUUGAGGAGCCACAUCCUUCGCCAUAAAAGGUUUCUGUUUUUGUUUCAGAAACAGAGGUAAGCCCCUUAGGGCCUUAACAUUAUUUUUGUACCCAGCAGGAAUUAAACUCUUGAUUUGUUUAUUGGCAGUUAGCAACACGUGUGUAGCAUUCUGCAGCCAGGGAGGUACACGAGGAGUUGCAAUGUAGAAAUUGUUCUUCCGAACCCUUGCUCAGUCUCAUGUUCCCUGAUGUACCUGCACAGCUUCUCCAAGGUAAUGUAUCGCUGACUAAGGGCAUGCUCACUGUAUUGGUAGGACAUUUUGACUGUGCUCUGGGCGUAAUUGUGGUUGGAUACAUUUCAGUGUGGCAGAAAUUGCAGUCAAAUACAUCCAGGGAAGUCCUAGUGCGAGUACGCCCUGACUGUGGCUAUUCGUGAUUGGCACCAAUCG